AUCCUCAAACUUAUUAAGAGGAAAUCUAAAACGAAAAUAAAUAUAACAAUGUCAAAUAUUAAAGAGAGGAAUUAGAUGAAUUAGGAGAUGAAACAGAACUUAAUGGGAUAUAUUAAAAGUUUUUAUUUAAAUUUGGAGAAUGCUGUAAGUGUAUUGGAACAUAUUGCCCAAAUAAUAUAGUUGUAGGAAAAACAUUUCGUUAGAUAUAAUAAGGAUUUGCUGGUGUUCAUUUGCGUUUUGGAAAAUAUUAUAAAACAAGUUAAAAUUGUUUAUAUUAUUAGCUUUUGCUGGAAUAAACCAGUUUAAUCCUUGUACUGAUACUUUAUAUAUUGUUGAUUGUAGGACUUAGAUGGUGGAGUUUGAAAAUUAAUCAGUAAUAACAAAAGACAACAUUUAAAUUGAAAUUAGUGCUUCUUUAUAUAUGAGAAUUGUAGAGCCAAAAAGAUUGAUUUGCAAUAUAUAUGAAAUUGAUCAAGGACUUAUUGGGUUAACUUAAACGUCAAUUAGAAGUGUCAUUGGUGCUUUUACAUUUUAGGAUUUACUUGAAAAAAGAAGUGAAAUUUAAAUCUUCAUAAAAGAGUUUUUGGAACCAAUCACAAUCGAUUGGGGUGUUGAAAUAGAAGCAAUUAUGAUAAGAGAUAUUUAAAUGGAUGAAUAUACAUAGAAUGUAUUAGCAAAAGCAGCAACAGAAAAAAGGUUUAUUACAAUCCUAUUAUUUUUAGAGCAGCUUAAGCAAAAAUUCUCAAUGCAUAAUUUACUCUUUAAUCUACGAGAAUGAUGAAGGAAGCUGCAGAAAUGUUAAAUAGUAAGGCAGCAAUGCAAAUUAGAUUUUUGGAAGUCAUAGGGAUUGUAGGAAGUGAAGCUUAAACAUAAGUGGUGAUUAUUUGA